UUUUUUUUCAUACUGUAAACAAAAUCGGCAAGUGAUUUAUAAAUAAAAAGUAAUGAUUAGAAAUAAAAAUGGAAAAAAAUGCUAUCGAGCAAACUUCAGUUACUAAAUUUGAUGUAAAAGGAAAAUCCCUGUAUGUUAAAGUAAUUUGGAAACCAAAUGAAAAUGAUUUGUUUCACAUUACGAUCUAUGACGGAGAUGUAACAUGGUCGGGAAGGUUAUCGCACGAAUUCGCUCAGAAGUACCGAGAACGUUUUGAAGAGAACGAAGAACAGUAUUUAAAAGACGUGAAAAAAAGCUUCCAGCAAUCAGGGGAAGGUGAUUUUGUUUAUGAUUUUGAUGUCAAGGAUGAUGUUAACUCUGCUAUUUUUACAUGGAAAAAGAAGUUCGAAGACUCACAACACGAGAUUGCUACUCUAAUACACGGGUCUGUGCCCGUACAUCGCGAAGACACCUUGGAAACUAAGGACCUCCUGCUCGACUUUUUACUUGUUGAAAAUAUUGACCUUCGGACCACUAUUGAUAACCUCAAGGAAAAAAAUGAAGGAAUCCUUAAUGACUUGAAAAAAUGUAAAACUGAACUGGAAAAGUUUGUAGAUAUCAAAACCACUUUAGAGACAAGCUUGUAUGGCAAAUUUGUGCAACUUCUUAAUGCCAAGAAGAGAAGAAUUCAACUCUUAGAAGGAAAUAUUUAUAACUUUUCAGAACCGGGGAAAGAUUUUAUGGGUGCUGACGGUUAAAGCAUAUUUUAAAGAAAAAUAACUCAAAGUUGUUGUAAACAAUAAAUACAUUAUUAAAUUGUCAAGACUUAAAUGUAACCAAUUUUUUUUCAAGCUAUUGUCAU